CGUUCUUCUCAGGCUAGCUUACAAUGACCAUAUCUCUAGACGAUUUCCAGUUUCGAAGUUCUGAUUAGAUAUCUUAUAUUUAUCUUAUAUAUCAGACCUCACAUACGGAUUCUCAGCUGUGUACAAAUCGACUAGAACCUUUCGCCAUAGCGAUUCCAGGGGACGGGUAUCUCGACCACAUAUCAUUGAAGCAGAUACCAACCCAUCCAAUCUACUACAGACUUCCUAGAUUAUUGAACGACUGAGUCAAAUCACAGACUUAAGAAUCGUCCAACUUGCACCAAAUUUCCUAGAUACCUUUCAAAUUUCCAGUCGCGUUAAAACCAUGGCCGAACGAACACACUUGGCUUUCCAUCAUGACUCGCACCUCUCUACCAUACAAACCAUAAUCACAUCCAUAACUCCUUUCACAGCCCUUGCCGAAGAGAACAAACUCCUUUUCAAGGACGCUAAGGACGAUUCCUAUGCUAUCACAACCAAAUCCACCAUUUUUCAUCCGCAAGGUGGCGGCCAACCAUCGGAUGAAGGGACUAUGGAAAAUGAGGAAGGAGUAGAAUUCACCGUUCAAGUGGUACGCAUGGGUGCUACUAUCGACGGGGAAGUCCUCCACUUCGGCACAUUUUCCACGCCCACCCCAUUUAAGCCAUCUCAGCAAAUCACUCAGAAAAUCGACCAAGAAAAACGCCUUCUAUAUUCUCGCUACCACACCGCUGGCCACGUCCUCGGAGCUGCGGUCCGUCACCUCGUCUCCUCCUCCGUUCCCAACUUUGAUGAAACAAAAGCUUCUCAUUUCCCCUCAUCCGCCGCAUGUGAGUUCGCCGGCCUCAUAGAAAGUACAUGGAAAACACCCAUCCAACGAAAACUCGACGAGUAUAUCGAGGCGGAUAUGCCUGUGGAGAUUGACUGGUGGGAUGCGGCUGAUUUCAUUGCAAAUGGAAUGGAGCGAUUGAUACCCGACCGAGUGGCCAUGGGAAUGACGAAGGAGGAAAAGUUCCGCGUGGUGAAGAUUGUAGGAGCGGAAACUUAUCCUUGCGGUGGGACGCAUGUGGAUAGUACGAAGCAUUGUGGGAAGACUAGCGUGAAGAAAAUUGGGAGGUCAAAGGGGACGAGUAGGGUGGGAUAUACACUGGCUUGAUAGAUGUAGUUUUGUGUAUGUUAUUUGUAGUAAUAUUUGCGUUAGAGCUCUUCAUCAGAGCAUUAGAUUUAGGAUCUUUCGAAUCGGCUUAUAGAAUCUUGUUUG